AUGCACACACGCUCUAGGGGCCUACCUUUAGAGCCUAUCGAUCUUGAGAUCGAAGCAUCCAACAGAAGGAGAAACGCUUUGAGAAGGCUAAAUCAAAGGAUCCGAGUCUCUUCUCCGGUCCAGAGACGAUCACCUUCACCAGUUCAAGAAUCACCGUCACCUACUCCGUCACCAGUUCACUCCCCUAUUCAGUUUGAGCCACAUUCUCCUAUUCUGACGGAGAACGUAGAGGGGAAUGCUGUUCCACCACCUCCUCCAACGAAUGCUCAGCUUCAACAACAACUCGAAGACCUGCAAAGACAGUUAAAUCAAAGGCAAAACGUGGUACCUGUCCAGAACAUGUAUGCCUAUCAUGGGGUGGCAAACCCACUCGUUGGCAACAAUGUUAAUGCCAACACAUUUGAACUCCGGAGAGGACUACUUCAGAUGGCUGAAAACAAUGCUUUUAGAGGCCGACCCACAGAGGAUCCUAACAAGCACCUCACUAAAUUCAUCCAGAUCUGCAACACGACGAAGAUAAAUGGAGUCACAGAUGAGCAGAUCAGAUUAAGGGUGUUCCCUUUUUCUCUGGAGGAUGAUGCCAAGGAUUGGCUGGACAGUAUGGAGCCUAACUCCAUUCGCACGUGGGAUGCCAUGGUUGAGAAGUUCUUAGAAAAAUACUACCCACCGAGUGAGGCGUUGAAGAGGCAGUCUGAGAUUAUUUCGUUUGAGAUGACUCCCCAAGAGAGUAUCCGAGGAGCUUGGGAAAGAUUUAAGAGGCUGAUGAAGAGGUGCCCCAAUCACGGGCUGAAUCCGACGCAUCAAGUCCUAGCAUUCUAUAGGGGGUGUCUGCCUGAAGCAAAUCGCGAACUGAACUUGAGCACAGGGGGGUCAUUGCUAAAGAAGGGAGAAGCAGAGGCCAUGGAGGUGAUUGAGAGAGUGACCUCUAAUGAUGAAGGCUGGAACAACGAGAGGAGCAGAGUACACAGGGUAGCCUCCGCUGCAGAGAGCAGCCAUAUGGACAACAUGUAUAAACAGAUGGAGCUCCUCCACAAGAAGAUAGAUCUCAUGGGGAUGGGACCGGCGGUGCAGGAGCAGCAAGAGGGUGUAGAGGAUGUUAACUACAUACACCAAGGGGGAAAUAGAUACUAUAACAACUCCCGCCCCAAUCAAGGGGGUGGAGGUUAUAACCAUUUUGGGAACAAGGCGCAUCCUAACCUAUCGUAUGGGAACCCCAACAAUGCCCUUCAGCCACCACCGGGGUUCACCGUGUCUCAAGGAAUGAUCACUGAGCCGCAGAAGAAAAGUUCAGAGGACAUAUUGAAUGCAUUCAUGACACAGUCACACAAGAACAUGGAGCAUUCCAAUCAAAGGCUAGAGAAGGUUGAGAAUGAUAUGAACAACAUGGCAGUGCAUAUGAAGAGCCUAGAGACGCAAAUGAGUCAGAUUGCUCAAGCUGUGAGCAGUCAGCAUACGCCAGGGCAGUUCCCAGGACAACCAAAAGUAAACCCCAAAGAUUGCAAGGCAAUUCAUUUGAGGAGCGGGAAGAGUUAUGAGGGUCCUUCUAUGCCAGAAACCCCACCAAAGCCUACAGUUGAGCUCGAGAGUGUACUAUUAGAAGAAGUAGAAGCGGAGGAACCUAAAACAUCACCGCCCGCAGUUCAACUCGAGGUGGGCACACUAGUCAAACCAUCAGAGGUUAGAGUACCAUUUCCUCAAGUGUUGCAAAAGAAGAAAAACGAUGAACAGUUCUCCAGAUUCUGGGACAUCUUCAAGAAAGUACAGAUCAAUAUCCCACUGAUUGAGGACUUCAGCAAAUGCCUGGAUAUGUUAAAUUUCUCAAGGAUGCGGUCUCCAAGAAGAAGAAAUGGGGACAACAUGAGACCAUCAAUUUGA